ACCAGCGCUCUGCUUUAUCAGGGCGAAGUGCCAAGUGCAUUCAGAAGAAACGCAACAACACAGUUCUUCUCUCGGUUUGCUCGCAGCACUGCAGGAAUGAGUGAAGAUCAGUUUGAUGUGGUUGUCGUCGGCGCGGGCCUGUCCGGACUGAGCGCUGCUCGGCGGCUGCAGAAGAGAAACCCGCGGCUCAGCGUGCUCGUGCUGGAGGCCAGGGACCGUGUCGGAGGGCGAACUGUAAGCGAAGACCUGCCAGCUGCCAAUGGAGUUGAGCAGUGGGACAUGGGUGGACAGUGGGUGUCCAGCUCUCAGAUCCAUGUUAUGGAGCUCAUCCAAGAGUUUGGUGUUGAAGUCUUUACCCAAUAUAUAGAGGGCAAAAAAGUGCAUCACAUAGGUGGCCCGAAUGCCAAAAUCAAAAUGUACAACACCACCGUCCCGCAAUUCUCUCCUCUAGUCAUGCUGGACUUCAUUCAGGUUAUGUGGAAGGUCGACAAGCUCACUAAGACCAUAUCAGUUGAAGAUCCCAUGAGUUCCCCGAAUGCAGAGCUCUAUGACAGCAUGACGCUUUACACCUUUAUGGAGCAAAACAUCUGGACCAAAGAUAUUAAAGAGGAGCUGGCCGUCUGCAGUCGUAUCGUGUUUGGUUUGGAAGCGUCCCAGAUCUCCUUUUUGUUUUUCCUCAUGUACUCCGCUGCAGCAGGGGGAACCCUUCGCCUCUUAGAAACAUCACCCGGAUCGGGACAGGAGUUUAGAGUCAAGGGUGGCACUCAGCAGCUGUCAAAAAUGCUGGUGGAGCAGAUCGGUUCAGAUCGAGUUCGGCUGGGCGCCGCCGUAACGGCCAUAUGUCAGGAUUCAGAGGACAUAAAAGUUACGACGUCUGCAGGCAAGGUCUCUUGUAAAGCUGUCAUUGUUGCGUGUCCUUCUCACUUAGCAGCCCAGAUCCACUAUGAGCCACCCCUUCCAUCCGAGCGCCAGCGCCUUAUCAAGUCUCUACCCAUGGGCCACAUGACAAAGUUUAUCAUCACUUACCCCACAGCGUUUUGGAGAGAAAAGGGUUUCUCUGGGGAAAUCGUGGUUCGCCCCUCUGAGAGCUGCCCUUUGAGUGUCACAUUUGAUGCUACGAGCCCCAAAGGCAACCCGGCUCUGGUGGGGUUCAUCACCGGAAUACAGGCCCGCGACUGGUGCGACAGAAAGUUGGAGGAGAGAAGAGAUGCAGUGAUCUCCAGCCUGGUGAAGUACCUCGGCCCGGAGGCGUCCACCUACAUUCACUAUGCAGAAAAGGAUUGGGGGAAGGAGCAGUAUAGUGGAGGGUGUCCUGUGAAUGUAAUGACCCCCGGGAUGCUCACGUUUUACCAUCCCAGCCUUCGAAAGCCCUGUGGCAGGAUUCAUUGGGCAGGCACAGAGACUGCAACUAUAUGGUGUGGAUACCUUGACGGGGCGGUUCAGGCAGGUCAACGGGCGGCUAUGGAGGUUCUGGCUCAGCUGUGUCCUUCAUCUCUGUCCCGAGAGGAGCUGAAUGCGGUGCGAGAUUCUCUGAAGCCAAGAGCACCCAGAAAGGGCUCAAAGUGCAGGUCCAGGUCUCUCUGUCUUCUCGGUGUGGUGAUGACAACAGCCGCACUGGUGGGCGCUUAUCUGUUUGCCAAACCAGAACUACCAGUUAAAUGGUUUUAAAGGAUUCAUUGGGACGUAUUUGGGUGUCCUUAUGGCAAGCUGUUUUAACAUUUAAUCUAUGAAACAUGCUAGUGUGUAUUUUAAUUAGGGGCCAAGCACGGCAGGUCUAACGCCACUACUUAUCCAACAUUUCACUUGUGUUUAUCACUAUAACUUUUGAACUGAAUGGGCUACAAUCAAAAUUUUUACAAUCAAAUUUUUUUCCCGCUGAAUCCUUGGCUCAAGCCGUUUCAAACGCACCAUGACGUCAUUUUCCGUCAUGAAAGUUUUUUUGCCAUUUUGAUUUUUUCGUAAAACCUAUUUGAACGAACUCGUACAAGAGCGUUUAUCCGAUUUUUACCUAAAUAAAUCACAUGAUCUACAGACCAUGCUGACCAAAUGUUAUGGAAUUGAAGUUGAUUCGAUUUCCGUUUUCGUUUAACUUGGGAACAAAUCUAAUGUUGAUCUUGCAAAAAUGGACUUGAGGUAAUAUCUCCGUAACGCGUUGACAUAUUCACACCAAACUUGGUGUGUGUUGUGUCAACUAUGGUCUGAGGUUAUGUGCAGUAUUUCAGUGCACUGCCCCCUAGUGAUACAGAGAAACAAAAUGUUUUAUUUGCUCAACUUCAAAACCAUUUGUCCAAAUAUAAUGUGCUGCUUUUGGCCACUGGACUGCUUUGCUCAUUCUGCCUCUGUAGUGCUUGACGCCUUAAUUGCUGCUUGCAGCUAUAUUUUAACUAGUACUUAUUUUUAAAUAUAAGUACCUUUUGAAUUAAGAACUAGUGCUUAAAUUCACAUUGUACAUAAGUGGUCAUUCUUUACCUUUUUAAACAGUAGUACUUAAUAAAUAGAUAUUUGUACUAUAUAUUAGUAGUAUGAUUGUUGAACAAACUCCACUUAUGCCACUUUGACUAAAAAAAGCCAUUGUGACUAGUAAGAUAAUUGUUAAUAGUGAUAAUGACAAAAGAUACUACUGUUACUAAAUAUGUACUAGAACCUAUCAACUAUUUGCAUAUAUUGAAUUCAUAUGAAUGUAUAAAUAGCAGUAUUAAUAAUAGUAAAAAUAGUAAUAAAUAAUAGUAUCUAACAAAUAAAAACUACCAGUUUAUGUAACGGGUAUAAGAUAAUAGUAAAUAAGUACGUUUUAUUAAAAAUCAAGUACUCAUAUCUAAUAGUAUUAUUAAUUCAUUUAUUUUCUUUCAACUUAGUCCCUUAUUUAUCAGGGGUUGCCAGAGCAGAACAAACCACCAACUAUUCCAGUAUUUGUUUUACGCAGUGGAUGCCCUUCCAGGUGCAACCCAGUAAUGGGAAACAUCCAUUCACGCUCACAUUCACACACUCACUCAUACACUAUGGCCAACUUAGUUUACCCAAUUCACCUAUAGCACAUGUCUUUGGACUGGGGAGGAAUCCGAAGCACCCGGUGGACACCCACACGAACACAGAACAGGCAAACUCCACACAGAAAUGCCAACUGGCCCAGCCUGGACUCGAACCAGUGACCUUCUUGCUGUGAGGCGACAGUGCUAACCACUGAGCAACCAUGCCAACAAACCACCAACUAUUCCAGUAUUUGUUUUACGCAGUGGAUGCCCUUCCAGGCGCAACCCAGUAAUGGGAAACAUCCAUUCACGCUCACAUUCACACACUCACUCAUACACUAUGGCCAACUUAGUUUACCCAAUUCACCUAUAGCACAUGUCUUUGGACUGGGGAGGAAUCCGAAGCACCCGGUGGACACCCACACGAACACAGAACAGGCAAACUCCACACAGAAGUGCCAACUGGCCCAGCCUGGACUCAAACCAGUGACCUUCUUGCUGUGAGGCGGCAGUGCUAACCACUGAGCCACCAUGCCACAUAUAAUGUUUAUUAGGAUACAAAAAAAAUACGUUUGAAUAUCUACUACUAUUUAAAAUAUGUACUUGUCCCAAAUAAUAAAUAAUAGUAUCCAAUAAAUAAGUAUUAAUGUCUUUUUAAUAAGUUCUAGUAUCAAGGAAAUAAGUACUAGACAAAAAUUACUAGCAGCAUGAAAAACGGAUGUUAAAACAGCUUACCAUAGUGUCUGAUGAAUGUAUUAUUGUUAUCAUAAUUAUCAUAUUCUUAAUUUAUUGUUAUUAUUAUUAUUAUUAUCAUCAUUAUUAUUACUGAGGAAAAUAAUAGAAUGGUUCUUAUUAAUAGAAUGAUGCUUUUUUGAAAUCGCUUAGUUCAUAAACGUGGGUGUCACAAAAUAGAUCUAGUGCUAAAAAUCGAAACCAUAUUACAGUAGAUGCACGGUUUGUUGAAAAUAAAAGUGUCAGUAUUUUCAAAUCAGACUGAAAUAGAACAUUUUGACAGUGUAGUCACUCAUUUUGUUUUGUGUGUAAUUGUCGCUGCUUUUGGUGCCUUAUAAUUGCUAUGUGCUUUUUGAAGGGAAUACGAAACAUCAAAGCACAGAAGGGAAGCGCAAACACUGCUCACUUUUAGUGUCAUUAAGCACAUUAAGUGGCCCUCUUUCUUUCAGCCUAAUGAGAAUCUCAAUUGUUUUCAGAGGAAUAAUGUGCUCAACACGUUUGUCAAGGCCUCUUUGAACAUGUUAGAUGAGAGUAAUGGUUCUCUCUUGUGCAUAACUGCACAAUGCCACAUCAUUUCAGAUAAUGACAAUAAUAUAUUCGAUGAAAAUGUCAAACAAUAAUAAGCCAAACUAGGCUUUUGUUUUUUUUUAUUGUGUUACAUACGAUAGCAUUAUCAUUACAUAGAAUGAAAAUUAGCCUGGCACUAUAUUCACCUUGUGUGUAUCAUAAUGCAUAUAAAUGUACUCAAUUGUAUUAUAUACCGCUCCACAUAAUCACUCAUAUCAAAAAAUAAAUAAAUAAAAAUGCAGCCUUGAACACGAUUCACUGAACUGGUAGUUUUGUUUAUAUUCAGAAAAGUUUCAGCCAUAAACUAAAGCAAAUAUGACAUAUGCUAUAACUCAAUUCACUGUAAUUUCAAAUGCACUAUUUUUGCUAUUGAAAACAGUUAUAAUUCAUUACUGAUGCUAUUGUUGGUGAUGUUGUAAUUAAUACUGAUUAAGUUCAAUAGUGCAGAAAGAAUGCAUGUGCAUUUAUAGCCAUUUUUAGAAAUGCUUGCCUUGUACAAGGUAAUAGAAUUGCACAAUAAAUUAUUUAAUCUA